GUGAGAACAUUUAGUUCUCAGUCAGUCUCACACACAACAAGACGCGGGGGGAGUUCCUCUGAUCCGGUUGUGUUCAGACCGCUACAUUACUCGCACUUAGUCGUCAGUUGUCGGAGGUGAACGCCGGACGGGUUGCUUCUCUCUCUCCCUUUCAUGAGUCACCGAGUUGGAACUGCAGAUUAUUCUCCCAAAAAUAGAAUGAACUUCAGUAGAAUCUCUGCAGGCGUACUAUUUGCAACACAACGCUGAGUGUAGUCUGGUCGUUUUCCGUGACAGCAGCAGAAGUCGAUACGAAAGUCGAGUUUAUUUUAGUCGCUUUUUUGCUUUUCCUCUAUCCGAGAUGCCUGAGGACAUCGGAACAGCCAAGCCUGGAGGAGUCAUAGCCUACAUCUCCUCCGGCUCCGCUUCCAGCCCAGAGUCCUGUUUGAGCACCAGCCCCACCAGCGGCUUCCUGUCAACGUCGCCCACCCUGUCUCGGCCCUCACUACCUAGCAGGGCUGUUGGUAUGGUGGUGGACGUUGCCCCACCAGUCAAGAACGGGCACCCACGUAGCAUGGAGAAGACUGGCCGCUCCUCUAUAUCUACAAAGAGCAGCAUCACUAAAAUCAAUGGUAUGGUACUGCUGUGCAAAGUAUGCGGUGAUGUGGCCUCAGGCUUCCACUAUGGAGUCCACGCUUGUGAGGGCUGCAAGGGCUUCUUCAGAAGAAGCAUCCAGCAGAAUAUCCAAUACAAGAAGUGUCUUAAGAUGGAAAACUGCACCAUCAUGAGGAUCAACAGAAAUCGGUGCCAGCAGUGCCGCUUCAAGAAGUGUCUGGCGGUGGGCAUGUCUAGAGAUGCUGUGCGAUUUGGCCGCAUCCCAAAACGGGAGAAGCAGAGGAUGCUGCUGGAGAUGCAGAAUGCCAUGAAUAACAUGAUGAACAACAACAGCCAGCUGCAUAGCAUGCUGCAUGGCCACCAGAGCCCGCCACUGCCCAUGGAGGCCAUGACCAGUGACAGUAGCCCCUCACCCUCCUCCACCUCCUCUUCUUCUUCUUCUUCCUCCUCUGCUUCCGAGUCCCCGUCCUGCUCCAACCCCUCCUCCCCACAGUGCCCUCCUGACUCAGAAUCUGUGGUUUCCAUGGACACCAACUCCAGCUCUGCGUCUUCCUGCGGUUCAGACAGUGGCGAGGACGAAGUCGUCUCCGUGAACAGGCAGCACCAAGAUGCCUUUACGUACAGCCAGCAGAGGUCGCCGAGACAGGGCCAGACGUCACUGGACGUUGCCUUGGAGACUGGAUGUGACAGCCGCAUGGAGGAGCAGCAGGAGAGCUGGAACUGCUGGAAUAACGUGGUCAGGGCGGGAUACCAGCAGAGCGCUUACAGUAACAGCCAACAUGUCGCCAACACUGCAUACAGGGAGGAGCAGGCAGUGUACCAGCAGCAGCACAACAGCGCCCCCCGCUGUGAAGCUUCAGUAGACAGCCAAAGACAGCACCAGCUAUACGCUCAAACUGGACCAAGCAGCAGAGCACACUUGGUCUGUCCCAUGAACACUUCGCCCUAUGUGGACCCCAGCAAGCCAAGCCAGGAGAUCUGGGAGGAGUUCUCCAUGAGCUUCACCCCUGCUGUGCGGGAAGUCGUGGAGUUCGCCAAGCGGAUCCCAGGCUUCCGCGAGCUCUCUGAGCGUGACCAAGUCAGCCUGCUGAAAGCUGGAACUUUCGAGGUGCUGAUGGUUAGAUUUGCUUCUCUGUUCAAUGUGGCCGAACGCACAGUGACAUUCCUGAGCGGAAAGCGUUAUAGCCUGGACACACUACGGUCACUCGGCGCCGGAGAACUGCUCAACUCCAUGUGUGAAUUCAGCGAGAAGCUGGCGGCGUUACGUCUGGACUCAGACGAAAUGAGCCUCUUCACCGCUGUGGUGCUGGUUUCAGCCGAUCGCUCCGGCAUCCAAGACUUAAACUCAGUGGAGGCCUUGCAGGACAAACUGAUCCGUGCUCUGCGAAACCUGGUCAUGCAGAACCACGGCGAAGAGGCAGCCACCACCUUCACCAAACUCCUGCUCAAACUCCCCGAGUUGCGUUCACUCAACAACAUGCACUCAGAGGAACUGCUCUCAUUCAAAGUGCACCCUUAAGACAUCAAAAAGCUUCCUGUGGGGAUACACUCUCCGACUCCUCCACCACACACACCUCCACCUCUGUACCAGAACCUGCCUCUGUCCCCCAUCACUCUCUGUAUUUGACCAACAACCCUGUUGUGUGUUUGUAGAAUGUAUUAAAUGCUAUUUUUUAUUCUAUUUUUGUUAAGAAGACUGUGUUAGGUCUGACGAGAAAGAAAAAUAUGAGAUGUACUGUAUUUAUAGAAGAGAUGGCUUACGCUUCGUUGCACACAAACACAUGUGAGUACACAUGUGUUAGAGGUUUCUAGUUUUGCAGAGUUGGAGGCACCUAUCUGUUUUCUAGUUUCUGGCUUUAUGACAUAACAGAGGACAGAAGUCUAUUAGUUUUGAUUUUAUGUUGCAUUUAUGUUUCCUCCAAAAGCCAUUUAAUUCCAAAGUGUAUUCUCUGAUGAGCAGGUGAAUGUGAGAGACAAUGUAUACCUUACAUACCACAUGUUCAUUUGGUCCAAUAUUUUGACAGAGACAUGUGAGAAAGGCAAGCUAUCAGAAAAAUGUAAUAGAGGAAUGUGUGACGAUCGCUGCUAAUGCAUGGCUGUACUUAAUGCGAACAACUAUUACGUGGAUCUAAUCCCCAUUUGCCUCUGAGAGCAUCAGUUCAUUGUCAUUUGUGUGUAAAGUGAUCUGUUCUCCUCUUUUAAUUUAAAAUGUUUUUUACCUGUUAUUGUCAACUGCCUGUACACUGCCUGGUGAUAUUUCCAGGAAGUUUAUGACAUUUUCAGCAACACUACAUUUGCACAAGCUCUGGAGCCGUAGUAUAAAAACCCAAGUAACACACGAUUCACAAAUAAGUGUGACACAACUUCAUGUAUAGGCUACAUGUGAAAUGUAAUCGCACUUGUCACAAGUAUUUUUGCUGUCUUGGCUACUUUACGGUUUUCAUGACACAGUGGGAUACUCGCUCUUAAAAAAAAAAAAAAAAAAAAUCCAACUUUUUGUGCUUUCUGCAUAGCACUGAAUUUGAAACUUGGUUUUGUCUUUUUUUUUU